CAACUCGCUCCUCCGGGGGAAUCGCGGUAUCGUGAAUCACGAAUCGCAUGCGACGAGACGCGACGCGACGCGCACGGCGGGCGACGUUCGCAACACCCGGCGAGGAAGGAUCGGGGAACAUGCCCUGGAGGUAUAUCGCACACCCGCGGAUACGCAUUACUGGGAUGUACGAGACCGCAACGUGACUGACGCAGCACCGGAAGCAGAGGAAGUCAAAAAUGUCGCCGCGCAGGAGGACGUCUACCUUCCCGCCGCCGCAUUCCUGGCUGGUCACGGUGGUUCUGCUCGUCUUCUCCGUCCAGGUUCAGCGUGUGGCAGGAUGCCAGUUUUAUCCCGUGGGGGAGUACCUGAAAUUCGUCAGGGUACCGGAGAACCUCGAGACAGGGGCUGAGAUUCUCUCGCUGGAGGCACAUCCGAGGAGUCGAAUCGCCGUCAUGCCGGUCGACAAGGAGGAGGACGCCGGCUUCUUCACUUACAAGGAGAGGAACGAGACGCACGUCUCCCUGAUUCUGGCGCAGUCCCUGGAGGACCUCGUGGACGCGGAGUCGCCGAGGAACCUGUUAAAAUUUCGAGUCUCCUGCGACUCGGGCUCCGGUGACUCCCUGGUGUCGUCGCAUUUGUCGGUGACGAUCUACGUGGAGGAUAUAAACGAUCACGCGCCGCAAUUUGUCGACGCGCCUUAUCACGUGACGGUGGACGAGCUUACGCCAGUCGGUGUGACGAUCUUCCGCGGGAUUCACGCGCUGGAUGGCGACAAACCGAACACGCCCAACAGCGACGUCUAUUACGCUAUCGUGAAGGGAAACGAGCAAGGCAAGUUUUCCCUCGAAUCCGGCCACAGGACCGCCCUGAUACUCCGGAAGCCGGUCGACUACGACAGCGGGGAUCGCGAAUUCGUCCUGGUUAUUACUGCGACCGAUCGCGGCGUCCCCGCCAGAAGUACGAACAGCACCGUAAAGAUAACCGUCGUGGACAACGAUGAUCUUGAUCCGAAAUUCACGCGGGACAUCUACAAGGCGAAAAUUUACGAGUUUUAUCCUAUGCCGGAACAUCCAAUCUUCACAGAGAUAAACUUUACUAAUCCGAUCCACGCGGCCGAUCGCGAUCGCGACAUUAACGUGCCGGUGCGAUAUGACAUAAUAUCCGGCAACGAGAGGGGUUUCUUUCAUCUCGAUCCGAAGAACGGCUCGUUGUUCCUGAAACGCGCGAUCGACCUGGACGCCGAGCGGAGCCUGCCGGGCAACACGUUCAAUCUCCAGAUACACGCGUCGCAGGUGGACAACCCGUUGAAGAUGACCGUCGCGCGGGUCGAGGUGGAGGUGCUGGACUUGAAUGACAAUUUGCCGCAGUUCGAGGUCGAUCUGUACAACAUCAGCAUCGUGGAGAACCUGCCGAACGGCUUCAGCGUGCUGCAGGUGAUCGCGCGCGACAAGGAUCAGGGCGAGAACGGGGAGUUCGAUUAUCGGCUGGAGGACCCAUCGGGCGCCUUCUCCGUGGACCCGGACUCCGGCUGGCUCACCGUCAAGGAUCAGACGGUCCUGGACCGCGAGAAGCGCGAUCAUCUGAAGAUGAAGGUCUACGCUGUCGAGCACAGGCCGAGCGUCGUCGUGACGAGCGACGGCUCGAAGGGGUCCUCCGUGGACGUCGAGAUCACCCUGCUCGACGCCAACGACAACAAUCCCAUCUUCGUGCCGGGCAAUCUUUACGAGCUGGUGGCGAGGAGCGACGUGAAGGUCGACACCGUGUUGGGCCAGGUGCACGCGGUGGACGACGAUCUGGGCCCCAACGGAUUGGUCCGCUACCGAUUGCAGAAACCCGGCAACUCCACGCUCCGGAAACCGCCGUUCACGGUGGACGAGAGCACCGGCCUGAUCACGGUGUCGGAGAGCCCAAUACUCGAAGGGAGACACGCGAUAUUUGUGGAGGCAGCCGACCAGCCGACGAAUCCCAGCGAGAGGAGAUUCUCUUUGGCGGUGGUCACGGUGGACGUUUUUCGAGCGGACGGUCCGAAUGCAUGGGAACCGGAUUUCGUCGGCGCGCCCUACGAGUUCUGGGUCGGUGGGAACGUGCCCGUAGGUACCAGCGUCGGACAGAUUCGCCUGAACGACGCUGUCAAAACUAAUGACCUCAUCUACGAUCUUCUGCACAGUUACGAGGAGGGAGUUCCAUUUGCCGUGGAGGAACGCUCGGGCACGAUAACGGUCGUGGAGGAGAUCGAGCGCUUCGACCGUUCCACGUACGACUUCGAGGCGAUCGUCAGCGACGAGAGGGAACUAUCGCUGAUUACGAACGUUUCGAUCCACGUGGUGGAUCCGAACGACGACAGGGGUAUCUUCACCAAGGGAACGACCACCGCUCCUCUGGCUUUUCACGUGAAGGAGAAUGUGCCCGGCGCAUUGAUCGGCCAAGUGCUUCCGCAUAAUGGCACGACGGCGGCUAUGUCCGGUACUCAGUUCCUUAUCGUCAAUCAGCAGGAUGUGCCUGAUAUCGCCAUUAUGGGCGACGGUUCUCUCUACGCGCCUCAAGGUCUGGACCGCGAGGCAAGGGAGAACUACAGCAUCACCGUGAUCGCCGAGAGCUUGCGCGGCGUGGGCGUGUUCCAGGUGCGAAUAAUCGUGGACGACGAAAAUGAUCACGCGCCGGAAUUCACGUUGUCCGCCUACGAAGGCCGGAUUAUGGAGAACAGUCCUGCCGGAACGGAAGUUACUUUGACAAAUCCGAUUGCGGCGGACGAUAAGGACGAGGGCGAAAAUCGGGACUUCACGUUUGCGUUGCGGGGCGACGGUAGCAGCCUGUUCAGGAUCGAUCCGAUAACGGGCCGAGUGUACUUCGAGGGCACCGACGACGGCACUCUGGAUCGCGAGACAAGGGCGAACUACGAGUUCCGAGUUACCGCCACUGACAGCGGCGGACUGCAGUCGGAGAGCACUCUGAGGAUAGCGGUGCUCGACGCAAACGACAACGCCCCGAAGUUCAUACGGAUGGUGGUCCUGCCGGAUCAAGGGGUGCGCGUGUCGUAUAAUCCGAGCGACGACGCGUCCGCCGAGAUAGGAAGCGACGAGGCUCAACCCGAGAGUUCGGUGGACGGCGGGCGGCGCUCGCCGUUACUGCUGGUGCCGGAAAACACGACGAUCGGCGUGCCGAUAAUACGUCUGCUGGCGGACGACAAGGACGAGGGGGCGAACGCGGCGAUAACGUACAGCCUGGGGAACGAGACGACGUCGAACGGGGUUCGAUCGCGUCGCUACGACGCGACCAGCCGCCGCUACUUCCACCUUGAUCCGCGCACGGCCGAGAUAUCCGUUGCCCGCAGCCUGCCGCCCGAGAAGGAUAUCCGGCUGUUCGUCCUGGCGAGGGACUCCGACGGCCUCGCGGAUAACAUCACCGUCAGAGUCCACGUGACGGACGUGAAUGACCACGCGCCCGUUUUCGAUAAGUCCUGGUACACGUUUGACGUAGCCGAGGGCACGUAUCUCAGCCACGCGGUCGGCACGGUGCAGGCGCUCGACGCCGAUUUCGGCGAGAACUCUGUCCUCAGUUACGAGCUGAUCACCAGCCACGAGGACUCCGGGCGAGCCAGCAACUGGUCGCGGUCGUUCCAGGUGGAUCCGUACGAGGGAGUGAUACGGGUGAGCGGGAUACUCGAUCGAGAGAAAGCCACGACUCAUCGUCUUCUCGUGAUCGCUCGCGAUCAAGGCCUGCCGAGUCUGAGCUCGUCCGUGGAGGUGGAGAUAAACGUGUUGGACGUGAACGACAACGCGCCGACGUUCCACGGCUACGACGAGCUGGAGGAAGGCGAUCGGCUGCCGGUCUACCGGGUCUCCGUUCUUGAGAACAGCCCGAUCGGCACGCAAGUUGCCAAGGUGUACGCGAACGACAGCGAUUUCGCCGGCAACGGCAACGGAUUGAUCCUGUUCGAUCUGAGCAACCAGGAUCACGCGGACAAACAGUAUUUCGCGGUGGACAGCAAGGAGGGCAUUGUCACGACCAUCGCCAAGCUCGACUACGAGACCAGGAGCAAUCAUCGUCUGAUCGUCACGGCGAGCGAUCUCGGUUCGCCGAUCAGUUUGACCUCCUCGGCCGUGGUGCUCGUCACGGUGUUGAACGUCGACGAUGACGAGGAGGCGGACAACGAGGUGCACAAGAUGCCGACGUUCCGGCAUCGAUAUUACGAAGUGGAGGUCGACGAGAACGCUUCUCUGCCGUUGCUGGUCGCGCAGCUCGAGCUCACCGACGAUCGCCACGCCGAUUACAUAAGAUUCAGCGUCGUGGCUGACGGUUCCGACGGCAGGGAGCACUUCUCGGUCGAUCCCAAGAACGGCUCUUUGUAUCUGAUGACGGAGAUCGACCGGGAGACCAGAGAUCGGUACGAGACCAAGGUCAGGGUUGAUCGAUUGAAGCUCGGCCGUGGCAUACCAGUGAUGAUCUACCCGGUCGUUGGUGAACGGCUGAAUGGACUGGCGCCUAAUGAAGCCAGAGUGGUCGUCAGAGUGAAGGACGUGAAUGACAACGCGCCCAGAUUCAAGACAAAGGACAGGCCCAUCCUCGCCGCUAUACCCACCACUGCUCAUUACGGUUACGAGGUCGUCAAAGUGGAGGCGGAAGACCCGGACCUGGGGAUAAAUGGCGAAGUGCGCUACCAAAUUCUUGGCCGGGAGGACGCCCCGCGUUUCGCCAUUGACCCACUCAGCGGUCAAGUGCGAUCAGUGGCGAGUUUUGGCCGCGAUGCCGGUCGCGUCUUCGGUUUCGACGUCAAGGCCACUGACAGGCAGGGCGCCGAGAACGGGCGCAGCAGCAUCACCAACGUUUUCGUGUACGUGUUGGACGAUCAGAAGCAAGUCGUCAUGGUCAUGGGCCGGAAGCCCAUCGAGAUCGAGCCGGAGCUCGACAACAUCACUGUCGCGUUGCAGAAUGUCACCGGCUUGGACGUGCGUGUGAGGAAGCUGGAGCCCCACAUCGAGAAGAACCUGAUCGACGGGGCCUCUACCGACGUUUACCUGUACGCGAUCGACCCACAUCUGAAUGUCAUGGUGGACAUGGAAACUUUGCACAGCGUUUUUAAUAACAAGAAGGCGGACAUAAAACGCGAACUGGAUGAAUAUCGCGUGCUGGAAAUCGCUGGUAACGCUCCACGUAGAAGUAAUCAGCGUUACUUGCUGUCCACCCUCGAAGUGGGCGUCGUGGUACUCGGCUGCGUCGUCUUCGUAGGCGCCCUCGUGACCGCCCUAUGCGUUACCUGCGUUCGUCGCAACAAACGUCGUAGACGACGAGACCAGGCCAUGUUCUCGACGGUCGGCCCGGUCGGAUUCGCUCUGACGGACCCCGCCGGCACUCUGCAAAAGCCGCCGCUCUUUCCCACCUUCGUCGACGGCCUCCAUUACGAUCCCGAACCCUUCUGCUCCGAGAUGCCCAGACGACAGAGCAUGUGCGAGCACGGAAAUUGCGUCCGCUUUCACACGAUGAGCGGAGGCGGAAAACACGCGGUGAGGACAACGGGUACCUUGAAAGGCCUCGAGGCAUCCGCGACAUCCUUGCAUUCCAGUGGUCAGGACUCCGGUAUCGUAGCGCGUACCUCUUGUCAUUGCAGUCACUCGUCCAGUCCUUCCAGCGGCGAGAGCAGCAACGGGUACGAAGACUCGCUCAAGUCUCUUCAGCGUCGCGAGAGAUGCAAUGACGUCUCGCGUGGCAGCCACGAUAUCUCCAGCGUGGUCGGGAGACGUGCAACGGCGGCGAAACGGCGGCAACGCUUCCACUCCUUCUCGAACGGCGAAUCCGUCUAUACCCACGAGAUGACCCUGCAGCAGCAGCAGCAGCAGCAGCAACAACAUUGUUGCGUCGGUACCGAGAAGAGACGGAAGGCGGAGCAUCGCCGCGCUCAUUCCGAGGCGGAGAACAAUAUCACCGAAACGGUGAUACACGAACACCCGGGCACGGAGAUAUCGUUAGCGAGCUCCCUACCGAACACCAUUCACGAACCAGCCACAUGCUCUACUAGCAGCGUCGAUUUGUAAAAAAAAAAAGGGGGGGAGCUUUCAAGGAGCACCAGGAUACAGCGGUUGCGAAUAUUUCUAUUCGGCAAUUUAACGUCCUUCCUGCGAAUUCGUGUACAAAUUGUUGUACAUUGUGUGCUCACGGCGUGUCAUCUCGUUGCCAAAGUAUUCGUACGUCGUUAAAGCCAGGGAAUCAUUCAUUUCUGUAAAUACACGGCAUCGCCUUCGGUAUUCGAUCUUCCACGUCCUUUUUGAUUAAUCGAGAUAACGGCGCGGAUUAGCAGUUGUUGCUAAGAUUAUUUAUCGCUCUGGUAUUAUAAUGCGAGAUGCAAACGUUUAUGUACAAUAUAAUAUUAAUAUAUUGCAUAUUAAUAUAAUGUCUUGUAAUUAUAAUGUAAUUUGUUGUACUUAUUAAUAUAAUUCGUUGUACAGAUACAUCUUGCGAGUGAGUCCGUGUCUCGAUGGGUUAUUACCCUGAACUAUUAUUUAAUACAUGUACGUAUAUGUACGUUUGUGUAAAAUGUAACAAAGUGUAACAUACAUGUAAUUUAUGCCCUAAUCUAGCUGUCGUUAUUAGAUAAGAUUUCAUAAAAUGUUUAAUACGAGUAAUAUAUUUUAUUUUUCGCUUUUAUUCUAACACGAAUGUCGGCCAUUAACUCAGUUCGAUUAAUGGUCAACGUUCUAUCUUAGGAACAAAAUUUUAUUAUAAAUAAAAUGACGUUAAAAUAAUAAACAGCCGCCCCUUAACUUCUUAAAGAUGGAUCGUGACGCUCUUAGUCGUAAGAUUUGUAAAAAUUGGUUUCUUUAAAUAUUUAUUUCGGUAUCGUGCGAGAUUUUUAGAAAUUAAAUUGUGAUUUAAUUAACAUUUUUCACGCUUUAAUUAUAGCUCCCUUAGUGGGGUCGAAAUAUGCUGCUGUGCAUUCACGGGCGCAAUCACAGCCGUCGUCAAGCCCCGACCUUCGAAGACUCGUCAACGCCGAUAUCCCGCAAUUCCUCUCAAAGUCCUCCCCGACGUCUGAGGAAUCUCUCUACUUAAUUAAAUCAGCGUGGGUGUUUUAAUUACGAUAAAUCAAAUCAGGGCGCAGGCGCGUUAUUAAUUCCUCUUUAAAGGGGGAUAUCGGAAGAACGCACUGGUGUAAAUUAUUGAUGCUGCCGGGGUGCAAGCGAGCAAAGUCGUUUCUGAUCGUCUUUUUAUCGCGAUUUACUGGAGAUGAUGGACGAUUGUCUAUCCGUGCUCGUUUUUAAAACGCUGCGACAAAAACGUUCUUUCUUUGCCGACCGCAGCAAGAACAACAACCAAUACCAUUUACGGAAGAGACGCCCUGUUGCAAGAACAUUCUUUCUCAGUAAUCACAAUAUCGCCAACUUUUUAACGUAAUUACAGUAAGUGAAAUUUAAUCGCUUCCACCGGGAGGAAUAAUCAAUAAUCGUUUCAAUUUUACCAACCGUCAACAUUCUUCUCAACAGUUAUCCUCUUCAAUUUUCAGACACAUCAUCUUGCCGAUUAACGUAUUUGCGAAUCUUUGGACCUUCAUCUUAAUCGUAAUAUCCUUGGAAGGAGAACAGCGGUUCGGUGACUAAACACGGGUGCGGAUCCAGAGGGACGUUCUCGGGACACCCCUAAUACGUUCGGUAAAUAAGUUUUAAGCGCCCGAUCGAGCGCUCAACUGAAUCAAAUUACGCCAUCGAUUACGGGAUCAGGUUGGCGCACGGCUUAAAAGGUCACCGAUUAACGUUGCCGACCUCGACCUCGGCUGGCAGGAUACGGGGACGAUGUGCGGGACCGCCGCGUGCCUCGCGCCGAUAGAAAUCACGGUUCCCGGUGGAGAAAAUAGGAAAGGAUUCCGUGACGCGCGCGGCAUGGCAUUAGGUAUCUAAUAUUUCACUCAAGUAUUCGAAUAACGCUCUCGCAGGACCUGAGUUGAUGAAACGGCUCGGUCUCACAAGACGGCAAGGCCGUGACCUUCGUCUCUGCCUCGGAGACCCCGGCCCAUUCCACCCUCUUCCGCUUUUCUUUCAUUUAGCCGCGACUUUAGAGGGACAACCCGUCACUCUCCUCUGUCGCGCUAGCUUCGGAUUGGAACGCGAUCGCUCAGCAAUCGAUUUUCGGAACAUCGUUAACUCUUUAAUUAAAUAAAUAAUGAACUUAAUUACAGUAAACGUAGUUCGACUGCUGCCUCCGUGAAUACUCGAUAAUCGUUUCACUAACCCAUACAGCACGCAUGUCUAAAAGACAUCUUUAAGACAUCAUUAAGUCGUCUUUUAGAUAUACAUAUCUAUGCGUGCUGUAUGGGAAUGUCUUUUCAGAAAAAUAAGUGGCGCGUCUUAGGCCAGGUUUCCACCAACGUUGUUUAAGCUUGCAAUUAGCUUAAU